CCGAGCUGAACAAGCCGUGGUGGCAGGAGUCGCGGCCCGAGGAGUGUGUGCUGCCCGGCACUGUUGAGGGACUCGCGGUCAUGUUGAACACCAGGAUGACGGAGAUUGACUGGAGUGUUGAAAAUGAAAUCCAGUUGUUCUACGCCAUGAUGGGCCACAAACCCGUGGGUGUCAACAAGCACUUCCAGAUGAUGAUAAUCCAUGACAAACUCAGUUCAUCACUCAACUGUGAAUUGUCUACACAAACCAUCUGGAAGAAGCUGGAGACAUUAUAUGACAUGGCUGCCUUAGAUGAGUCAGACAAGCUGCCCUUUCCCAACGCCCAGACUGACUUUCACCUUCCUGGAGAGUUUUCUGAUCUGCUUGAAGUAAAAGUAAAGCCAGAUAUAAAGGAGGAGAAGGAGGAAAAAGAGAUCAGAGCAAGAGGACGACCUAAGAAGGACAAAGACAAAGAUAAGGAUAAAGACAAAGACAAUGACAAGGAGGAAGCAGGUGGAAGAAGGGACCGGGCAAGAGAGCUGCGGGAGGAGGAGGAGGAAACUCCCAGAAGGACAGGCAAGCGAGGACGAGACUCAAAGCCAGCAUCUCCUGCCCAUACCCCAACUACCAGUAAAAGACGUAGGAAUUAACUAUUGUUUGGAGUAGAAGUUUUAGACAUUCCUUGUGGCCAUAAGUGACAGAUGCAAAAUGAUGAGUAAGGAAAUAUCACCAGUUUGACACUAAUCUAGCUAGCUUGAUAUUUAUUUACAUUUGCUAAAACUAUAUCUUAACCUGUGUAUGUAGCUAUUUGAAACUACUUCAUCUUAGCUUUAAUAUAUAGGGAUUUUUUAGCUAUGUCUUAACAAAUUGUCUUGUGUAUUAUAUUUGUAAUUUAUAAAUAUUUGAUAACAAUAAACAUCUUAUAUUCCCCUAAUGAAUGACAUAAACAAGUUGGUUAAAACUUCCAAAGCGUUGAUAAUCACAAAAGAAGCUCAGAAGCUUCUUAAUUUCUUCACACCAUCUUGUACAGGGCUGACCCUGAGUCUUUUUGUAUCAAUUGUUUCCCAGUUUAUCACUCUUCUUGUUUGAUAUGUUGUCCUUUCUCCAACACAUGUGUCCUAUCUAUUGCCAUUUCCUGAUAUCAAUUGCCAUUAAUAUAUUGCCUACCUUGUUAUGCUAUUCAACAUUACAUUGUUUUAAUAAUCCUGGUUUUUUAAUGAUUAUAUCAGAGGAUAGAUUGGGAAAGUAACUCUGUUACUUUCCCUGUUACUUUCCCAAUGCAUGAAUGUAAUGCUAAAAAAAUUUUUUUUUUUUGUAAAGCAAUGUAUAUCUAGAAGCAUAACAAUUUCAACUUGAGUGAGGGUGUAUUUAACCCAUGUGCUGCAGGUGACGGAAAUUCGUCAGCUCCUCUUCCACUAUAAUUUGUACUUCCAUGUCAUGAUUGUUGGUCCAGUGGUUGAUGGCAACCCUUGUCCUACAUUUUGCACCACUUCCACCAGAAUACUUGUGACCACAAUAAUGGAAUUAUAUGCUGAGACUGAUUUCAUUGUUUUUGAAUGCAUGGAGAAGGGGAGCAUGCCAUUGGUUAUAUAUUUAGCUCUACUCCUAUCCUCUAUAAGGGUUCUAAGCAUUCUUGUGAGGUAUAUUUGUAUAGGCUACCAGUGAAUCUGUAAUCUAUGUAUUGGAUGGGUGUAAGCAGUUAUGUAGGUAGAUGGUGGUGUAUGCUGUAUGGUGGCCUGGGGCGAGGUGGGAGACUCAAGUCAAGGUCAGUUGCACCCACAAGAACAAGUGUGCAUGUUUUGUCCAAAAAUAACACCUCCUCCCAACAUCAUACCUCCCCUGUGCUAUAGUCUUGAUACUUUCAGUUUGUUUUAUUAUAGAGAGGAAGCACUGACUAAGAGAAAGCAAUAUAAGUUAGAAUGAUUUCAUUUGAGGCUGUCAUACAAAUUAUUGAUGUAAAACAUAAUUUUUGCAAAAUUUAUCAACUGUGCUCUCUAGAAUUAUAAAAUGAAAAGAAACACAUACAUGGCAGUAGUUAAUAUGCUUACCUCAUAAAUGAGAGGUCCUGGUGUUGUGUUCCUGGUUGUCCCCCCUAUUCCUGGCUGUCCUUCUGCAAACUGCACAUGCUCAGAAGUGAAUGUAAACAAACAAAGACUUGUUGAUAAAUCAAGCUGUUCUCACGCAUCCCCCGACAGCAUGGCUUUGCUCACUUCGUUCCCCUCCCCCCCCAUACCCACCUCAUGAACCUAUAAUGCCCUCUAGGCCCUCCCAAAAUCUGCCAAAAUUACUGGCCUGCAUAUGCACAUCGACAGUUUUGUUUUUUGAAAAUAACAAGAUGCUAUUUCCCGUAAAUUUACUCAUGAAUCACUGCAUGAAGGCUAUUUAUUGGCCCUUCACUUUACUUAUUACAAAACAGAGUGCUAUACUGGAUUUAGGAAUGUUUUUCCUUUGCAAGAAUAAAACAAUGACCUCCCGUGCUGGACAACACUGCGUGGACAGCCAUGUACAUGUGACCAGCUGCGUACACGGAUCCGUGUUCAUAGCAAUCCGCCUUUUUGUUUGUAAACAAAGGGGAGACAUCCAGGAACACGACACCAGGUUUGAUUGUUGACCGGAAAGGAGACAGGUGAUCAGUUUUCUUUCAUCUGAGCUUCAUGUCCCCCAGCAGUGAAUGGGUACUAGGUGUCAGGCAGGGGUUUUGUCCUACCACUCAAGUGUGUGUGGGUGUGAUAAGAGGUCCCAGCCAUGCCUAAAGAUCCAUAAUUAUGUAGCUACAAGCUCAAAACAAAGUUGGUACUAGCUGGCAUUUGAAUCCAACAAAUGGCACACACGCACACACAUAUAGGACCCUACGAGUGUAACUCAUUUCCUGGAUAUCAGAACUAGGUGAAUGCACACAGCUGAAUGCAGACAGAACUAAUGUACUAUAAACCUGCAUGAUGUAGGGUUCCAUAACUUCAACCAUAUGAUUAGCCGAAGUUGUCAAAUAGACCUUCCGUGGAAAUUUGCUUUGGUCUUUAAAGAAAAGCCUGUUAGAGCUAUCCAUUAGCUAAAAUGUAGAUGCUCAUUAGAAUGCAAUAUUGCUUUUCAGGAGCACUUGACCAAAUUUUGAGGUUACUCCAGUACCAUAAUGCAUAGAUUUAUUUUAAUUUCAUGUAGCUAAGCUUUUUGACACAGUAUUGGCAUCAGUAUGACCCAUUCCUGUCAUCUAAAUGGGACACCAACGUUGGACAUAGGCUAAAUAUAAUGUGAACUUGCAUCUUUAUAUUAGCAUUAAAUAUGAAUCAAUAUUUGGGACAGUUGAAAGUUGACCAUAAAUAUUGUAUCACAGGUUCAAAAAUACCUCAUGCUAAGGCAAUGAAAACCAUUUUGCACUACUGGUGCUAGUCACAUGUGUACUAUUUAGCUUCCCCUUCCUUCUACUAUUAUUUAAGCAUCCUCUUCCUCCUAAUAUUAAUUAAACAUCCCCUUCCUCUUUAUGUAAAGCAGAUUCAUAAAAAAUAAUAUAUUUCAUAGUGCUUCAACUUAGUUAUUCCCACAUAUCUCUGAGAUCAAAUUUUUAAAUCCAUAUUUAUUUUUAGCAGUUCUCCAAAUUUGUACACAGUGGGUAUUCAAACAAUACUCUUUUUUCCAAACUUACCAGUGGGAAAGCUAGUGAUUACUUUGCUUUUAAUCCCAUUAAAAAUUAUGUGAUAAAACUGUAUUCACUGGUAGCAUGUGAAACUGCAAAACAAUUAGCCCAUUUUAAUGUCUUUAUCUGAGGAAAAGCAUCAUCUAUGUCUAUGUUUAAUAUCUAAUUAAGCUCCCUUAACCCUUUCCAUCCAUGACGCAGACGUUGGUGUCACAGUAUGGAAAGGGUCAAGAGGAAGUGGAAGAGGAUUAAUCCUCUUCUAAACCUCUCAAUCCUCCUCUAAAUUCCUCUUAGUUCUCUUCCAUUUCCUCUUAAGAAUUUUAGAAGAGGAUUAAGAGGAAAUGGAAAAGGAUUAAGAGGUUUAGAAGAGGACUAACCCUUUCCAUACAGUGACGCCAACGUCGGAGUCGACGGAGUAAAGGGGUUAAAAAAACUAAAUAAUUAAUGCCACAAGCACACAAAAUUCCUUGGUGCUUAAACUUUUUUUUUACCCUUUUAUUGUACUUUGUUUUGCUAUUGUCAUUAGGUCAAGGAAGACGUAACCUUGCACUGUGUGUAAAUGAGGCUUUUAUCGUUACCUUUUACUAAGGCUGAUAAUUCUUGUACAUAUUUACUAUCUUGAUAUUUAAAAUAUUUUGUAAAAUUCAAAUGUAGAAAAAUGACAAAUCAUUACAUAAAAGUUACUUGCCAUCACUGUAGAAAAGUAGCCUUCAUUCAUGGUACUUCUCGAAAGCAGCUUCUCAUUUCAACUUUUUUUUAUUAAUUAUUGAAAAUAUUUUACUUACCGGGUCAACAUAACUACUUUACUUCAGUGGCAAAGAAAACUUGAGCCUUAUUUCCACCUAAACUCAUAUCUUUGUAUGGCAAUUGUUUGCAGUAUAAUGUACAUAUUUAUUGUUUGUGUCAAUAAGAGGAAAUAAAAUGUAAUCACAUUUAUUUGAUGGAGGGAAUUAGUGGACAUACAUGGAGUUGCAUGAAGCAGUGCCCACUCACUCUGUUGUAAAAGGAAUCCCAUGUUCCAUAAGGCAACAGCAGGCUCAGUCCAUCUUAACAGUGCUCUAAUUUAUUAUUAUCAUACUGAAAUCAGCUGUUCGGUCCUGACAUAUGCAAAAUACUAUAUAUAUCAGACACUCCUGAUGAUGCAAAAGUAAUCCUUUCUUUCAUGUCUGUGAAGAGUACAGAUAAUGUUACCUAGUUAAACCUUGAACAUCUGAUUUAAUAGGUCAGUGGUUAGAAUUACGUGCAGCAGCUGGCCAAUAUGGGGCCUAAUUUAUUGGUAUGUAUUUCGUAUACUGUAAAUUAUUUUAUAGAAUAAACCGAUUACUAUACAAAUGCUCUAACUGGAUGAUUUGCCCAAAAUGUUUAAUCAGUAAUCAAUAGUUGGAUAAUACAUUCAGAAACAAAAUGUGAAUUUCAUCGAAUAUUACAGUAAAGAUGACCCAGAGGCAUGAAAUAAAGGAAUCAUGGGAUACAUCAUACUUGCCAUUUUUCUGACUGCUAGCUUGAUCUGCUUUAGUUUAGUUUUGCUUAACUGAAAGUAGUUUAAAAAUAACAAGGUUUCAUAAUUAUUUAUAUUACGUAUAUGCAUGAUGAGUUUCCAGUGUGUUGGUUACAGCAAUGCACUACUAUUCUAUUUAAUGAAAGAUGGUCUGCCAUGCAAAGUAAUAUGGUGGCAUGGUAGCUUAGUGAAUGUGCUCAGCUGAUGUCCAGAAGCUUGCAAAUAAUUGUCUCACAUACAACAUGAUCUUGGUGAGAAGGGCAGCAGCUUCAGCAAUAUAAUCUUGAUAACUUUUGUUCCUCAGUUCUGGGUUACUUAAUCCCUUUAAUUAUAAGUCCAAAAUAUCAGAAUGUAGGCUUGAAUGACAGCUCACUUCAGAAGUCUUUCAUGCAUGGGAUCAGGUUUUAAUUACUAUACUUUCAGGUUGUAACUAUUAUACUUAAGUAGUGGUGAAGGAAUGGGUCAGCAGUCCAUAUAUGAUGUGAAAAGGUGGUACAGUAGUGAACCAAAUAUGCAAAGUUGAAUAUUUUUACUUUUGUUUUCUCUCCUACUGAUGAUGUCAUUUGGAGUGUGUAGCAUUACUAAGCAUGCUGUGAAUGGAGGCAUUGGUGAUUAGUUUUAAUUGUAGUAGUAUAAGAAAUGUACAAGAAGUGUGUUAAGUGGGAUUUACCUUUGUGAUGUGCUGCCACUCCCCAGUGAUAAAGUACCACAGGAUGAAGAGGAAGCACUUCAAUCCUUGUUUUUCAUACAAUUUUAUGGUGCCUAAAGAUGCCAGCAAUUUGGUUCUUAUUAGGAUGCCUUUUUUAAUGUUGUAAUACAUAACAAUUGUACAGCUGAAGAGAAUAUGAUGCAGUUCCAUGAUUUCAUUGCCACUAACUUGCAAAGUAACAAUUAUGUAAAGGCAUGAUGCUAAGAUAAAAAUACUACUAUUUGUUCAAGAAGGAAUUUAAUGUUAUGAAUAUUGGUAAUUCCCUUACCAGCUCCCAUGACUUGAAGAAUGUUAAAUGUAGUCUCUAAUGAAACUUUUGCUUCCAGAGUCAAACAGAAUAAGUAUGUUGAGGAAAAUAGGUGAAGUUAAAUAACUAAGUAUCUACUGCAAGGCACUGCAAUACAGAUUAUUGUGAGUUGUCAUAAAUGAUAGUUGAUAUUUAUCACUUGUGCUUUUAAUCAUCAUUGUAAUUUUAAGCCAGAGCUUCAAAUGGGGUUUAUCUGUAAAGAUAAAGCUUACACAGAUUCUGUCACCACAAGGUUUUUGUUUUAUGGUGCUACAAAGUCAGUUUAGAUCAAAAUUCACAGCAGUAACAUCUCAUUAAACCAUAGUGGAUUAAUAAUUUAUGAAUAAUUUCAUGGGCCCCAUGGGCCAUGACAACCAUACACAAAGCUACACUGUGGCUGUCAAUCACAACACAUUACUCAUUCUUGCCAUGGCUAUCUUCAGCUGCCACCUUCAGAGCAAGAUUGACAGGAUGUGUUAUCCAUAUACCUCGGCAAGAAAUAUAGUGAAAAUUUUUGUCUUGUGCACUAAGUACAUGAAACAAAACCCAGAUCUAUGUCCAGAAAAAGUACACAGUAGAAAAUAACAAAGUUAAUGGCAUGUACUGCAUCAUUAGUCAGUGGUUGCAUCCACCAAGCUCUGCUCACUUUUGAGACAAGUUGAGCCUUUAGUGCCUCCCAUUUCUGGUAAAUGUGAGGCUGAAUAAAAGGCAGGGAAAAGUUUGAGACAUUUAAGUUUCAACAUGAAUAGUAAGCUGGUAACAAAAAUAAAGGUUUAGGCAAGAGGAAAAAGAGAAAGGAUUAUUCUUAAUAUAUAUCAGGCGUGAAUGCCUCGCAUGUGAUCCAUUUCAUUGGAUGAAUUCUUGAGUUAUGUCUUGAUCCCCCGUAACCCUCCCCUGUGUGGUUCAAAGUAUCAUGAUGGUGGGGAUGAUUAUGACAAUGACAGAGGUUACCUGAUUGCUUAAAAAGAAAAUACAAAGAGUAACAGGCUCUAGUAAUGCUAAAAGCAUGAAGACUUCUUCCUUUACAAAAGGAAAUAAACUUUGAAGGAGCAUAAUUAAGUAGAAAAAUGAAAUGGUAGCGUUUAGUGUAUAGAAACUACUUGUAUUUGAAUAUGCUGUAAUGGAAGGAAGGAUUGAGCAAAUUUGCAUCUAAAUUUUACAUAUCAAGGAGAGGUCACAGCAUAGAAGGUGACAUAAAAGUACAAUCAUAAAGAUGAACUCUCAACUAUGAGAUAAAACACAACAGAAAACAAGUCCAGAAAACUGUAUUCUUGGAUAUUGAAAGAAAGAGAAAGGUAGAUAUGAGAGGUAGUUUGAUGUAUGGAAGAUUGUUAUUAAUUAGUGUUUUAACAAGUAAUAAAAAUGUGAAGGUCAUUCAAACUGUGGAAGUAAAGCUCAUUUCUGUACAAUUAAUACAAGAUUAUUAAAUAUAGCAAAGUGCAGAAUUACAUAUGUGAGAAACAAAAUAAAUGGAGUGAAAGAAACAUGUCAAGCUGUGAAGUGCAGAUGCUUCUAUUUAGAAAACCAUGUAAGUGCAAAUGCUUCUAUUUUGGCCACCACCUCAAAGGAGUGCUUCAUGGGAAUGGGGUAUGGAGAAAUAUGUUAUUGCUGUAAAUAUUCUUGCUGGUCUGAUUUAUAAGAACUCAAUUAUGCAGUCAGUGAUUAUAAACUAUGAUGAUCUGCUUUCACAGUUAUAGCAAGUAUUAGUUGUGGAUAUUUUUUGGGGGAAGCAUGUCCCAGAGCUUUCUAGUUUACCCUAAAAUACUUCUCCAGUCUUAGCUAGCUCUUGUAAAGCAUAGACUUUACACAAGAUUUUCUUAAAUGUCACACACUAAUUUAUUAUUUACUGGACACUGGAGAAUAAAACCAUAUUCGGGUUUUAUUAAAAACUUAUUUGACUUCUUGUACAAAACUGCUCCAUGCUACUCUAGGUACAAAGCUACACCCCUGCGUAUACUACCUUUUGGAGUGGGUACCUGGGUUGGGCGGCACACCACACACACAAACACAUGCACACACAGGCUCCCAGGCCACACCACUUUCUUCACAUUCCACAAGCCUUGUUUAACUCUAUGAAAAGUCUUGAAAGGAAAAAAAAGAUAUCUAAUAGUUUAAAUAUUUCUAUUGCAUUUAUAUUAAUGAUCAGGCUCCUGAAAAUUAAUUAACUUUCCUAGUGGCAUUCCAUAGUUUCACCAAGGCUAAAUAAACCCUCAGUUUAAUGAAAAAAAUAUUGUAAGCAAUUAACUGUCCAAAUUCUUCUCUUAGUGAAGUGAAAACAUAUAUAGAAAUAACCAAGAAUAUAUAUGAGGCCAAAAGUUGGAGGCACAUUACUGGGCGCCAUUAUGUCUUGGUCACACCUGACAGAGUUUGGACUCAGACCCUAUAGGCCAGGCAGCAGUCUUAGCUGGCAUAUGGUGUCAUUUAUCCUGGAUAAAUAAAAAAGGUCUCAGUCCAUGCUGGUAACACUGCUCUUGGUGGGGUUCACUCUGUGUUGUGGUGGCCUAAAUCUGUGAGAGCUGGUAGGCCAGGGUGGGGAUGUGGUAACACUUACAGGGACACCUCUGACCUACCCCUCCUCCUCCAGAAUAACUCUGGCUGGGGAUUGGAGUGUGGGUGGCUGCUGGGGUGGUUCAGCUUUGAUGAGCAGUGCCAGCAAAGUCCCUUUUGACUUGUUUGUAUUUUUUUUUUUUUUUCAAAA